CGCCCCUUCCCGACGCCCCUUCCUCGCCCCGGCGCUGGAAAUGAAGAGAGUUGGCACGUUGUCCCUCUGGCUCUGGCUCUGGAUCGUCUCCGAGGCAGAUUUGGUGAGAAGCUAUUCUAUGACCCCGCCCACUCUCAGCGUCACAGAAGAGGAAUACGUGAUCAACGCUAAAGAUACAUUGAAUAUUACUUGCAGAGGACAGCAUCCCCUGGAGUGGUCGUGGCCUGGAGGCCAGGAGGACACUGUCCAGAUUGGAAAGGACAGCGAAUCAGUGGUGUUGGUGAGUCUCGACGGCGUCCGAACAGUCAAGGAAGAGGAUUGUGAGGGCACUGACACAAAGCCCUACUGCAAGGUCUUGACACUGACAGGGACUCAGGCUAACGACACAGGCUACUACCGCUGUUACUACAAGUACAUCAAUGCCAAAAUCGAGGGCACCACUGCAGUCAGCACCUAUGUGUUUGUGAGAGAUUUUGAACAGCCAUUUAUCAAUAAACCAGAAACUCUUCUUAUCUACAAGAAGGAGAAUAUCUGCGUCCCAUGCCUGGUAUCCAUUCCAGACCUUAACAUCACUUUGCUGUCGACAACCUCUGUCAUCUACCCAGAUGGGAAGAGCAUUAUCUGGGACAAUAAAAGAGGCAUAUUGGUUCCGACCUUACUGAUCAAGGAUUCCCUAUAUGUUCAGUGUGAAACUUUCAUUGACGGGAGAUCCUUCAAAUCCAGUUUCUUCCUUGUUCACAUUGCAGGAAAUGAACUUUAUGACAUUCAGAUGUUUCCAGGGAAGGCCAUGGAGCUGCUAGUUGGAGAAAAGCUAGUUCUGAACUGCACAGUAUGGGCUGAGUUUAAUUCUGGAGUAGAUUUCCAGUGGGGCUACCCUGCAAAACAGAUGAACCGGGAAGUCACAGAACUGCCUGAGAGGCGCUCCCAGCAGACACAUACUGAGCUCUCCAGCAUCCUGAUCAUUCAAAAUGUGAGCCAGCAGGAUGUGGGGGAAUAUACGUGCAUGGCUAGCAAUGGGGAGCAGAUCUUCAAGGAGAGCAUAGAUGUCAUCGUACAUGAGAAACCUUUCAUCAAUGUGGAGUGGAAGAAGGGCCCAGUAAUAGAAGCCACAGCAGGAGAUGAAGUUGUGAAGCUGCCAGUGAAAGUGGUUGCAUACCCCCAGCCUGAGUUCCAGUGGUUUAAGGAUGGAAGGUUAAUUGCCAGCAGACAGUCUCAGUAUUCUAUACAGAUCAAGGAUGUGACAGAGCAGAAUGCUGGCACUUAUACAUUGGUUCUUAGGAAUGGGCUGGCUGGCCUAGAGAAGCACAUUAGUCUCCAGCUGGUGGUCAACGUUCCUCCACAAAUCCAUGAGAAAGAAGCAUCUUCACCAAACAUCUAUUCCCGUAAGAGUCGGCAAGCGCUCACCUGCACUGUCUAUGGCAUCCCAGCACCAGAAAAAAUCCAGUGGCAGUGGAGGCCUUGGACACCCUGCCGAAUGUUCUCCCACCGCAGUCUUAGCAGGAGGAGGGCUGCACGGCGCCAUCAGCGUGACCGGAUGCCCGAAUGCAAGGACUGGAAGGAUGUAUCGCAGCAGGAUGCUGUGAACCCCAUUGAGAGUAUUGACACCUGGACAGAGUUUGUGGAAGGAAGGAACAAGACGGUCAGCAAACUAGUCAUCCAAGAAGCCAGCAUUUCUGUUAUGUACAAGUGUGUAGCCUCCAACAAAGUUGGUCGCGAUGAACGCCUCAUCUAUUUCUACGUGACCACCAUUCCAAAUGGAUUUGAAAUUGAGUCGCAGCCUUCGGAAGAGCCCAUUGAGGGACAAGACCUGAGGCUAAGCUGCAAUGCUGACAACUAUACCUAUGAGAACCUGCAGUGGUACCGGCUCAACCUCUCCAAGCUGCAUGAUGAAGAGGGCAACCCGCUGGUCCUGGACUGCAAGAAUGUCCACCACUAUGCAACCAAGAUGCAAGGCGAACUGCACUUCAAACCUAAUUCCAACUAUGCUGCCUUGACACUUACCAUCCCAAAUAUUUCACUAGAGGACGAGGGAGACUAUGUGUGUGAAGUGCAGAACCGGGAGAACAGUGAGAAACACUGCCACAAGAAGUAUAUUUCUGUGCAUGCUCUGGAAGUCCCAAGGUUGAAGCAGAAUCUGACAGACAUCUUGGUGAACGUGAGUGAUUCCAUAGAGAUGCGCUGCAGAGUUGAUGGCACACAUAUUCCAAACAUCAACUGGUAUAAGGAUGAGAAGCUGGUAGAAGAGGUGUCAGGGAUUGACCUGGCAGAUUCCAAUCAGAGGCUGAGUAUCCAGAGGGUGAGAGAAGAGGAUGCCGGUCUCUACUUGUGUAGCGUCUGCAAUGCCAAGGGUUGUGUGAAUUCCUCUGCCAGUGUCUCUGUAGAAGGCUCAGAUGACAGGACCAAUGUGGAGAUUGUUAUCUUAAUUGGGACUGGUGUCAUUGCCAUCUUCUUCUGGAUUCUCCUAAUCCUGAUCUUCUGCAACAUUAAGAGACCUGCUCAUGCUGACAUUAAGACUGGCUACCUUUCCAUCAUUAUGGACCCAGGUGAAAUUCCCUUGGAGGAGCAAUGUGAAUACCUACCUUACGAUUCUAGCAAAUGGGAGUUCCCUCGGGAAAGGCUCCGGCUAGGUAAAGUCCUAGGCCAUGGAGCCUUUGGGAAAGUGAUGGAAGCCUCUGCAUUUGGAAUUAAUAAGUGUAACAGCUGUGAGACUGUGGCAGUUAAAAUGCUCAAAGAAGGAGCUACUGCAAGUGAGCACAAGGCACUCAUGUCAGAACUGAAGAUCCUCAUCCACAUAGGAAACCACCUCAAUGUAGUUAACCUAUUGGGUGCCUGCACCAAACCUAAUGGUCCCCUGAUGGUUAUUGUUGAAUUCUGUAAAUAUGGAAACCUCUCAAAUUAUCUGCGAACCAAACGAGAAGGAUUCAGUCCUUACAGGGACAAAUCUCCCAGAUUGCGCAUCCAGGUUCAAUCCAUUGUGGAAGCGGUCAGAGCUGACAGAAGGAGCCGUUCUGGUACCAGCGACAGUGCAAUUCUUAAUAGACUUUUUAUGAACAAGAGCCAGACAGCGCCAGCACUGCCUCCUCUCAUACAAGAAGUGGAUGAUUUGUGGCAAAGCCCUCUGACAAUGGAAGACCUGAUCUGCUACAGCUUCCAGGUGGCUCGUGGUAUGGAGUUCCUAGCAUCCAGAAAGUGCAUCCACAGAGACUUGGCAGCUCGUAACAUCUUACUGUCAGAAAACAACGUGGUCAAGAUUUGUGACUUUGGUUUGGCCCGGGACAUCUACAAGGAUCCCGAUUAUGUCAGGAAGGGCAGUGCCCGCCUCCCACUAAAGUGGAUGGCUCCAGAAAGCAUCUUUGACAAAGUCUAUACCACACAGAGUGAUGUCUGGUCAUUUGGAGUCCUCCUGUGGGAGAUCUUCUCUCUGGGUGCCUCUCCGUACCCUGGAGUCCAAAUCAAUGAGGAAUUUUGCCAGAGGCUGAAAGAUGGUACCAGGAUGAGAGCUCCAGAAUAUGCCACUGCAGAAAUUUACCGUAUAAUGCUAAGCUGCUGGUAUGGUGAUCCCAAGGAGAGACCAACAUUCUCUGAUUUGGUGGAGAUUCUGGGGGACCUUCUUCAGGAGAAUGUCCAGCAUGAGGGGAAAGACUAUAUCCCCCUGAAUGACUCUCAGAGUUCUGAAGAUGACGGCUUCUCCCAGGUGGCUUCAUCCAUCCAGCAGAACUCCGAUGAAGAGGAAUUUGAUAUGAGAAUGCACUGUCACAAUAUAGCAGCAAGAUAUUAUAACUGUGUGUCUUUCCCUGGCUGUUUGACUGGUGGGAAUCAGAUAAGGUGUCCGUCUAGAAUAAAGACUUUUGAAGAAUUUCCUAUGACACAAACCAUGUAUAAAGCACAUCCGGACAAUCAGACAGACAGUGGGAUGGUCUUGGCAUCCGAGGAAUUUGAGAGAAUAGAAAAUAGACACAGAAAAGAAGGUGCAUUCAGCAGUAAAGGGCCCAGUCAAAACGCAGAAUCAAGCAUGGAUCAGUCAGACCUGAGGGGUCAGUGUCGGCCAUCACAUCAGUCCCAGCUCAGGGGUCAGACUUUUUACAACAGUGAAUAUGGAGAGCUGUCAGAACAAUCUGAAGAAGGCAGUUGCACUCCGCCCACUGAGGGACCCAGCCCCUCUCUCCUUCAUGCUUCGUUCUUUUCAGACCAAUACUAAAGAGGAACAGAUUGAGAAGACACCAGGCAGAGAUGCCAUC